AAUCUGAUAUGUUUUAUUAUUUUUUUAAUGAAUCAUAAUAUUUGUAUGGUUUCAGAUUUUUUUUAUCCUAACUCAGGAGGUGUAGAAAAUCAUAUUUAUCAAUUGUCAACUUUCUUAAUUCAACAAGGUUAUAAAGUAAUUGCGGUUACUCAUGGUUAUGAGGAUAGGAAGGGAAUUAGAUAUUUGCAGAAUGGGUUAAAAAUUUAUUACCUUCCAUUAAUACCUUUUUAUAAUUCAUGUAUACUACCUACAUUAUAUUCCACAACAUCUUUAAUCAGGCAUAUUUUGAUAAGAGAAGAUAUAUCAAUAUUACAUGGCCAUUCAGCUUUUUCAGCCCUGGCCUUAGAAUCAAUAGUACAUGCAAAUUUACUAAAUAUUAAAACAGUUUUUACUGAGCAUUCACUAUUUGGAUUUGCUGAUGCGAGCUCUAUAAUUACUAAUCAAUUACUAAAAAUAACUUUAUGCACUUGUAAUCAUAUAAUCUGUGUAUCACAUACAAGCAAAGAGAAUACCAUAUUAAGAGCAUACAUUAAACCUGAAAUGAUAUCUGUAAUUCCUAAUGCUAUUGACUCUACCAUAUUUGUUCCAAGAGACCUACAUGAACAAAUUAAUAAAACUAAUAUAAAUAUAAUUGUUAUGAGUAGAUUAGUAUAUCGUAAAGGUAUUAGUAUGUUAGUAGAUAUAAUUCCAGAAAUUUGUUCUUUGUUCCCAAAUGUUAAUUUUAUUAUAGGUGGGGAUGGACCUAAAAGAUUAGAUUUGGAAGAAAUGAAAGAAAAAAAUCAACUAGAUAGACAAGUAUCAUUGCUAGGGAAAAUUGAACAUGACAAUGUUUAUGAAAUAUUAACAAAAGGUCAAAUUUUUUUAAACACAUCCCUUACAGAGGCUUUUUGUAUAGCUAUAUUAGAAGCUGCUUCAUGUGGCUUGCAAGUUGUUUCAACUAAGGUGGGUGGGAUUCCUGAGGUAUUACCUCAAGAAUAUAUAACUUUAGUAGAUCCUAAUGUCAAAGCAAUAACAAAAGGAUUAAUUAAUACUAUCAAAAAGUGUCAAAGUAAUGAACAAACAUCACCUAUAAUAUUACAUAACACAGUAAAGACUUGUUAUUCUUGGGAUAAUAUUGCACAGAGAACUGGAAAAAUAUAUGAUAAUAUUUUACAAGAAAAAGAAUCAACUAUAUAUGAUAAAUUAAAAAAAUAUUAUAUGACAGGCCCAAUAUGUGGAAAACUAUUUUAUCUAAUAAUAUUAUUGGAUUAUAUUCUUUUAUGGGUUUGUGAAUAUUUUUACCCCAAAAAAUAUAUUGAUAAGUCUCUCAAGUUAAAAAGAUAUAUGCCCUAAGAUUGAUUACAGAAUUCCAAAUAAUUACAAUCAUGAAUUCAUUAAUAAAUUUAAUUUAUUGAAUAUUACCUACUUAAUUGUGGAGAUUGCAAAAAAUUUGCAUUUAAUUUUAAUGAUAUAAUAUAAUUUAUAACCC